UCUCAUCUUCCCCCACACAUCCAAUUACGGACAUGAGAAAAGAUCGUAGCUGCACUGAAUGAUACAGUUAUGCUGCAAGUCACAGUAUAGCAUCAGGCCUUUGGAAGCGUGUAUAAAAGAAACUUGUUUUGACUGGUAAUGCAAUCCCCCAUUUCUGGUUUUGUAAGGUCAACUUGCCUCUUACCAAAAUACUUCGCUAUAAUCCGUUCUUGAGAACUGAGAACAUUCAGUAUGUCUUUGAAAACCCUUCUUCCCGUUCUGGUGGCUGUUCUGGUUGCAGUACUUUGCAGGCCUACAGAAGCCAUUGUAUAUGGUAGCAUGACAUGCCAUAACCGUAGCGAUGUCAAUCAGAUCUUGCAUCAGGAGGACUAUACCAAUGGCUUCUUUGCUUUUUUCCAGUUCGGACGCGACACAGCCAGCAACGAGUAUUACCCGAACAUGGAGUGUAACUUGGAUUACAGCGCCAUUGGUGGUCGUCCGGUGAGCGUCAUCUUCCAUCCAUGUACCCUGCCUAUUGGAAAUACAUGCAGUCAGGAUUCAUUGACGGUCAGCACUGCUGCAUCCAAUCCACACACUGUGGUCUGCUCCGACCAUCCAGCUGCUGACCCAGGCGUGAUCGAUUCUGGUGCUUCCACCAUGUUCAUCAAGUUCCUCACUGACGCGAGUGGGCAGACUGUGGGCUGCGCCGGGUCCCUGUGGGGCGUCCCUCCGUCCUAAACUAGAGAGGCUCAAAAGGCAUCGUGCAAACCUGCCACUACACGGAGCACAAUCCUGACUCAAUCAUCAUGCAAAGCUGAAUCAUGCUGUUUGAAUUUGUAUUGAAGCAUCACAUUGACACAUUUAGAACCACAUAAUUCUUUCCAACCAAUCUGUAUACCUUUCAUUCCAGCCUGCGCCCUAUCUCCUCUUUCUAUUCCGUGGAUAUUUACAUGCAUGGACACAGAGAAUACCAAUAGCAUACACUGUGCAUUACAUGAACCUGGACAAUGUGGACAUCCUGUUCUUUCGUAAAGUAAUAAACACGCGUGCCCCUGGAAUGCUCCUAAAUGAUUGCCAUUGUGCCUUUCAAAUUUUUAUAUGCGGAUAUAUAUAUUUUUGAGGGUAAACACUGUAUGUCCGCCAAGGCACGUUUGAAGGUGAAUCAUUUACAGUAGUUUGUAUUUGCAUCCCAGUCACUCAGUGAAAACUAUACUUUUGCAUUCCAUAUUUUCCUCCUUUCGAAAUUCAAACAAUAAUUAUUGUACAUGAUGUUUUAGUAUGAUUCCGUUCAGAAAUCCCUGCAACGUAAUCCAGCCAUGC